ACUUUAUUUGUGAACGCGUUACAUGUUCGGUUUAUUUUCGAACACUAACCCGGUAUUCCACCUUGUCGAAGUGCUGACGUUGAAAAAAAAAUUUAGAAGAAAUUAAUUUUGAUUAAAAUUUUUUAAUGCAUAAUUUAAUUAAUAAAUUUAUUAAGUACAAGUUUUGACAUUUUAUUUAUUGAUAAUAAAAUAUAAUAAUGCAUACUGCUUUUAUGCGCGGUAAUGCUAUUUUAGCAUAUACUUUGAGUGUUUCGGCAUGUUUAACAUUUUGUUGUUUUCUUUCUACUGUAUUUAUUGACUACAGAGCAAACGCAACUUUAAAUACUGUAAAAGUAGUUGUAAAAAAUGUAGCAGAUUAUAGUGCUUCAAGAGAGAAAAAUGAUUUGGGAUAUUUAACAUUUGAUUUACAAACUGAUCUCACUCCUUUAUUUAAUUGGAAUGUUAAGCAAUUAUUUUUAUAUCUCACGGCAGAAUAUCAAACAGAAAAUAACAAUUUUAAUCAGGUAGUAUUAUGGGAUAAAAUAGUACUUCGUGGAGAUAAUGCUGUUCUUGACUUUAAAAAUAUGAACACAAAAUAUUAUUUCUGGGAUGAUGGUAAUGGUUUAAGGGGAAAUAAAAAUGUAACAUUAAUAUUAUCGUGGAAUAUUAUACCAAAUGCUGGACUUUUGCCAAGUGUUAAUGCAUUUGGUUCUCAUACUUUUGCCUUUCCAUCUGAAUAUACUUCAUUACGUGUAUAAUAUACAUUUUUACAUAUAUAAUAUAUCAUAUUUGUUACUUUGUAAUGUUUCUAAUUAUUAUAUAUAAAAGUAAUGUGUAUAAAAUACAUUAAUAUUUCAUUUGUUAUUUAAUAGCUAUGA